UUCGCCUUCAUCUUUCACAGAAAAAGUUCAGUAUGUGGAAGCUCAAAGUUGCAGAAGGGCAUGGUCCAUGGCUGUACAGCCUCAACAACUAUGUCGGCAGGCAGAUCUGGGAGUUCGACCCUGAAGCUGGGACCCCAGAAGAGCGAGAAGAGGUCAGGAAAGUCCAGGAGAAUUUCACAAAGAAUCGGUUUCGCUACAAACCUAAUGGGGAUCUCCUAAUGAGGAUGCAGCUUAUCAAGGAAAACCAAAUAGAUUUGAGCAUACCACCAGUGAGGCUGGGAGAAAAGGAGGAAGUAACAUAUGAAGUAGUGACAACUGCAGUGAGGAAAGCUGUGAGGCUGAAUAGAGCCAUCCAGGCCAAGGAUGGUCACUGGCCUGCUGAGAAUGCUGGUCCUUUGUUUUUCACACCUCCACUGAUUAUGGUGUUAUACUUUACUGGAACCCUAAAUAUUGCUCUAACACCCGAACACAAAGUGGAGCUUCUUCGCUACAUUACUAACCAUCAAAAUGAAGAUGGUGGGUGGGGAUUCCAUAUCGAGGGGCACAGCACAAUGCUUGGAACAACCCUCAGCUACAUCUCCAUGCGUAUACUAGGAGUAGGACCUGAUGACAAGGCUGUGGCAGCAGGAAGGAAAUGGAUUCUCGAUCGUGGCGGUGCAACCUAUUCACCAUCUUGGGGGAAGUGUUAUCUCUCGGUGUUUGGACUGUAUGAAUGGUCUGGCUGCAACCCUUUGCCACCAGAGUUCUGGCUUUUCCCUUCAUUUUUGCCCAUGCAUCCAGAUAAAAUGUGGUGCUAUUGUCGAACAGUUUACAUGCCUAUGUCAUAUUUAUACGGCACAAGAUUUCAGGCACCCAUUACUGAUCUGGUUCUACAACUGAGGGAAGAAAUGCACACUAAACCAUACCAUGAAAUCAAUUGGGUUAAAGCACGGCUUUUAUGCGCAAAGGAGGAUUACUACUACCCACAUUCCCUCAUACAAGAUGUGCUUUGGGGUGGGCUUUAUCACUUUGGUGAGCUGAUUCUGAAACAUUGGCCUAUCUCCAAAAUUAGAGAGAGGGCUGUAAAGAAAGCAAUUGAUAUCAUUCACUGGGAAGAUGAGAACAGUAGAUAUCUGACUCCUGGAUGUGUGGAGAAGGCUUUCCACAUGAUGGUUGUUUGGGCAGAGAAUCCAGACUCAAAUUCAGAUGCUUUCAAGCAUCACCUUGCCCGAAUUCCCGACUACUUAUGGAUGGCAGAGGAUGGAAUGAAAGUGCAGAGUUUUGGGAGUCAGCUAUGGGACACUUCUCUUUGCAUUCAAGCCAUCCUGGAAAGUGGUAUGGUUGAAGAAUACGGGACUACUCUCAAGAAAGGUCACGACUACAUUAAAUUAUCACAGUGUCAAGAAAAUCCAUCUGGUGAUUUCCGGAGUAGGUAUCGUCACUUUUCAAAAGGAGCCUGGACUUUCUCUGAUCGUGAUCAUGGUUGGCAAGUCUCUGACUGCACAUCUGAAGCAUUGAGGGUCUUGUUGUUACUAUCACAAUUUCCAGAACUUGUCGGCGAAAAGGUCAAACCUCAACGCUUAUUUGAUGCUGUCAAUUUCCUCUUCUCCUUGCAAGGCAAAAGUGGUGGUUUGGCUAUUUGGGAGCCAGCAGGAGCUGAAGAAUGGUUGGAGAAGUUGAAUCCUUCAGAACUUUUCGCCAACAUAGUCACUGAGCAUGAGUAUGUGGAAUGUACAUCAUCAGCUAUCCAGACUCUACUGUUGUUCAAGAAAUUGUAUCCUAAUCAUAGAAGGAAAGAAGUAGACAACUUCAUAGAAAAGGCAACCCGUUAUGUCAAGAAUGUACAGAGGCCAGAUGGAUCUUGGUAUGGUGGCUGGGGAGUUUGCUUCACCUAUGCUGCAUGGUUUGCAUUAUCAGGGUUAGCUGCUGCUGGGAAAACAUACUCAAACAGCAAAACCGUUCAUAAAGGUGUCGAUUUUUUGCUUUCAAAGCAGAAGGCAAAUGGUGGUUGGGGAGAGAGCUAUCUUUCAUGCCCAGAUAUGGUGUAUGUACACUUAGAGAAGGAUCGCACCAAUUUGGUACAAACCGCAUGGUGUUUGAUGGGUCUAAUUGAAGCUGGACAGGUCGAGAGAGAUCCAACCCCUCUACACAAAGCAGCUAAGCUACUGAUUAACUCACAGUUGGACAAUGGGGAUUUCCCUCAAGAGGAAAUCACUGGAGUCUACAUGAAUAACUGUAUGCUACACUAUGCGAGCUAUAGAAACAUUUUCCCGACAUGGGCUCUUGGAAUGUACCGUAGACGUGUUCUGAAGCCUCCCCAGAAGCUCUAAGCACUAAGCUCAAGUAGAAAGUUUUCCUCCAUAUGCUCUCUUCUUUUUCUUUCUUUAAACAAAAACAAGGCGUUUUGUCAUAUGUGAAUGUGCUCAUCUUACAUGUACAAGUCAAUACAAGCUCAAUAGUAUUAUAAAAAUGGAAGUCUUCAGCAUCUUCUGUCAUUUGACAACUUUCAUCCUCGUGUAUACUCAAAAGUUAUUAUGGAAGACACUUCUUUCGAGAACAAGAUGCGAGCCACACUUCAAC